AGGAAGAUACAGAGAAUUCAAUUUGUAUUACAAGGGAGUGAAUUGUUGCUAGCACAGAACAGAGACAAUCAAGAUGGUGUAUUGGAUUUUGAAUGAAAGCUUGUCAGUUCUGUUAUUUUUAUUGUGGUUGGGAAUGAACUUAUACCUGUUUAUUGACACAUUCAACUGGUAUGAAGAGGAGGAUGCCUAUCUUUAUACUCGGGUUAUGUUGGGUUCCACGCUUGCCUGGGCAAGAGCUUCUGCCACCUGCCUCAACUUUAACUGCCUGCUAAUCCUCUUACCAGUUAGUAGAAACCUGGUUUCAUUCUUAAGGGGAACAAGUUUCUGUUGUGGAGGAGUCCUGAGGAGACAACUUGACAAAAGUGUCACAUUUCACAAGACUAUUGCAUAUGGAGUAGCUGUGAAUGCAACCAUUCACAUCAUUGCACAUUUGAUCAACAUAGAGCGAUACCAUCUUAGCCAGUCCAAGCAAGCAGGAGAGUUAAACCGUAAACUGUCGGGCAUUGGCAAGAGCCCUAAUGAAUCCUACUUGAACCCAAUCAGGAACUAUGACAUGAAUACAACUGAAAUACUAGCAACCACUGCUGGAAUGACAGGUCUCCUGAUCACUGUGUCAUUAAUUCUGAUCAUGACUUCAUCUACAGAGAUCAUCACAAGGUCCUUCUAUGAGGUGUUCUGGUAUACUCAUCACCUGUUUGUUGUUUUCUUCAUUGGUUUGGUUAUUCAUGGGAUGGGUCAGCUCAUCCGUGGCCAGACCCCUCAGAGUUUGUUGCUGCACAAUGUCACUUACUGCAAAGAACAUUAUUUGGAGUGGGAAACAUCAGGUCAAUGUCCUUUGCCACAGUUCUCUGGCAAUGACCCUGUGGCUUGGAAGUGGGUCUUAUGCCCUGUGAUAUUGUACAUCUGUGAAAGAAUUAUUAGGCUCUGGAGGUUUCAGCAAGAGGUUGUCAUUACGAAGGUGGUGUCUCAUUCCUCUGGAGUUCUGGAGCUUCAUAUGAAAAAACGUGGCUUUAAGAUGGAGGCUGGUCAGUAUAUCUUUCUCCAGUGCCCCGCUAUCUCACAGAUGGAGUGGCACCCUUUCACUCUCACUUCAGCCCCAGAAGAUGACUUUUUCAGUGUACACAUAAGGUCAGUUGGGGAUUGGACAGAAGCCCUUUUCAGCGCCUUUGGAGCAAAGGAGAAAACCUUUAAGGAGCCGUGGAAGCUGCCAAGACUAGCUGUAGAUGGGCCCUUUGGAGCAGCAGCAACAGAUGCGUUCCAGUAUCAAAUUAGUGUCUUCAUUGCAGCCGGAAUAGGAGUCACUCCUUUUGCUUCCAUUCUGAAAUCGAUUUGGUAUAAAUGCUGUAAUCUAAGCACAGGACUAAGACUGGAAAAGGUUUAUUUCUAUUGGAUUUGCCGAGAUCCAUCUGCCUUUGAGUGGUUUGCUGAUCUCCUGUGCUUGCUGGAAGCACAAAUGGCUGAGAAAGGGAAAGCCCAUUUUCUAAGCUAUCACAUAUUUCUUACUGGCUGGGAUGAAAGUCAGGCUACUCAUAUUGCCUUACAUUAUGAUGAAAAGUUGGAUGUAAUUACUGGUUUGAAACAAAAGACCUUCUAUGGACGACCAAACUGGGACACAGAAUUCAAACGUAUAGCAGAAAAUCAUCCAAGCAAUAACAUUGGUGUUUUCUUCUGCGGACCUAAAUCUCUGUCUCAAACCCUUCGAAAGAAGUGCAGCUGGUAUUCAUCUGCUGAUCCAAGAGGUGUUCAGUUUUACUACAACAAAGAAAGUUUCUAGAAUCUAGACCUCUUUUGGAAAUGGUAGCUGACAGCUCUGUUUGGUGUAUUUUUCUUUUUCUUUCUUCAUUUUGGUGGAAUUGUGCCAUCUUGAAACAGAACAUUGGGCAUUCUGUGUUUAGUAGAGGAAUUUACUUUGUCCUUAAAUUGUAACCCGAGAUUGCUUAGAGUGAAGGUGAUGCUUUAAAAACAACCUCACAGUAGUGGAGGGAAGUUCUCACCAGCUCAGUAGUCCCACGUAUUCUGCGUGCUAAGCAAACAGGUCAUCUGAAAAACAAUCUUCCCCUCUCUGUGAGCAUUAGGAUUAGCAAAUGGGACUUGGC